GUCAGCUGCUGCGUCUCCUCCUCCGCUAGCUUAGCCUGCUAGCUCGCAGCAGCAGGGAAGGUAAACAUGGCUAUGUCGCAGGCUCUGUCCGAGGAGGAGUUCCAUCGGAUGCAGGCCCAGCUGUUGGAGCUGCGGACGCAGAACUACCAGCUGUCUGAUGAUCUCAGGAAGAACACGGCAGAGCUGAAUGCCGUCCGUCAGAAGAAUGUGGUUUUGGAAAGAGAUUUUGUCAAAGCACAGAAGGCCUUGAAUAAGAGUAAGAAAGCUCAGGAGGUGGAUGCUUUGCUGAGUGAGAAUGAGAUGCUUCAGGGGAAACUCCACAGUCAGGAGGAAGAUUUCAGACUACAGAACAGCACACUGAUGGCUGAACUCUCCAAGCUGUGUACACAGAUCGAGCAGCUGGAGCAGGAGAAUCAGUGCCUGAAGAAGGAAGGAGGAGCAGCCUCUGCAUCCCGCCCCCCACCUAACCCUGCAUCCAGCCCCGUGGAUGGAGAACUGCUCCGCCUCCAAGCAGAAAACUCCACCCUCCAGAAGAAAAUGAAGGCCCUGCAGGAGCGCUUCGACAAGGAGCUGCAGAGACAGGCGUCCGUUCAGGGCAACCAGAGUGCAACCACAGAGACUGACGGAUCAGCAGGUACCAAUGGAGUCUCUGAUGUCACAGGGACAGGGGAGGAGUCAUUGCCAGGAGGAGCCAAUGAGAGACUGGAACAGGCGGAGCCUGAGCUGCGGCAGACGGAGAAACAGCUACACGGCCUGUCAGAGAAGAGCGUAGAGAAGAUUGUAGCUAAGCAGGCAGCGCUAGGCUGGUCGGCUGCUCUCUGUCCAAUAACUCACUGCUUUGGACCAGAGCUGGAGAUGGCCCUGAACACCGAGCAGGAGGAGAAGAGGCUGCUGAAGGAGCAGAUCCACACCCUGGAGGCGUCCAAACAGGCUGAAAUCACCAAACUGCAGGAAGAAAUAACAAAGCUGUCUGACAAGCUAAAGAAGAAGCAGGAGAGUUUCCAGCGUCUGCAGACAGAAAAGGAGGCUCUGUACAACGACAGCAGGACAAAGAUCGAUGAGAUCAACCAAAGAAAAGAAGAAGAGCUGAAGGCCAUGAAUAUCCGUGUCCAGAAACUGCAGACGGACCUCAUGGCAGCCAAUCAGAUGGUGUCAGAGCUGAGAGAGCAGCUACAGAGCAAAGAGAAGGAACAUGAGGUUGCUCUGCACACACUGAAAGACGAGGUAGCCAGUCAGAGUGCAGUCAGUCAGGAACAGGUGGACAACAUCCUGCAGGAGAACGAUGCUCUGAGGACAAACCUAGCUGCUCUAGAACAGGAGAACAGUGCUCUGGGGACUGAUCUGUGCACGCUUGACCAGGAGAACAGUGCUCUGAGGACUAAUCUGUGCGCUCUUGAGCAGAUCCAGACGGUGAAGACGCAGGAAAUGAACCUGUUGCGAGAGCAGCAGGAGGCGCUGACGGGCGAACUGCAGCAGAGACGAACUGAACAGGAGAAUCUGCUGGCUCAGAGAGAUGACCUCAACUCCCAGCUGCAGGAGUCGAGUUUUGCCAACAGGAAGUUGUUGGAGCAGUUAACCGAAGAAGGACAAGAGAAGGAUAGACUGCUGAGAGAGCUGGACGAGGCUAAGAAGACAGCAGAGAAGAGGAAGGCCAUGCUGGAUGAGAUGGCCAUGCAGCUGAACCAGGAAAAGUCUGACCACAAGGAGGCGCUGUCAGACCUUAAACUACAUCACGAGAAAGAGGUUCUUGCAGUGAGGGCUCGAUACGAGAAGGAGCUCAGAGGACUUCAUGAAGAAAAGAAUCGCUCUGAGGAAGAAAUCCGACAGCAGCUUAGAGAUGAAAAGGCUCGGACAAAAGAGCUGGAGGGUUUACAGCCCCGAGUGGAGGAGCUGCUGAGUCAGGUCCAGUCCAUGGAGGGAGCCAAAGGAUGGUUCGAGAGACGGCUCAAAGAGGCUGAGGAGAAUAUAGAGAAGAACUCUCUGCAACAUCAGGAGGAAAUCGAGCAGCUGCGGAAAGAACACAAACUUCAGCUGGAGGAGAAGCAGUCAGAGAUGGAGAAACUGAAGCAGCAGCUGGUGGAGGUGGAGAAGCAGAGGGAGGAACACGGGGACACCAUCGGAAAACUCAAACAGGAGAUAAAGGACACGGUGGACGGUCAGAGGAUUCUUGAGAAGAAGGGAAGCGCAGCGCUGAAGGAUUUGAAGCGGCAGCUGCAGCUGGAGAGGAAGCGAGCAGACAAACUGCAGGAGAGGCUCCAGGAGAUUCUGACCAACAGCAAAACCAGGACAGGUUUGGAGGAGCUAGUUCUGUCAGAGAUCAACAGUCCCAGUCGAACUCAGCAGACCGGAGACUCGUCCUCCGUGUCCUCCUUCUCCUACAAAGACAUGAUGAAGGAGUCUCAGUCGACCAAUCAGAAUAAGUCCGGAGGAGGCAGCCCUCAGUCUCAGCGCCCCGCCGAAUUAUCCGAUGAUGAGGUUGGAGAGCUGUUCCAGCGGCUCGCUGAGGUUCAGCAGGAGAAAUGGAUGCUGGAGGAGAAGGUGAAACAUCUGGAGGUGAGCUGUUCAUCAAUGGCUGAAGACAUCUGCAGAAAGAGCGCCAUCAUAGAGACGUACGUGAUGGACAGCCGCAGAGAUGUGUCGGGGAGCACGGUCGGAGGUCACGGAGGCUCUCAGGGAGACCGGGGAGGUCUGGGUUCGGUCCUAAGAGAGCUGGUGAAACCAGGAGACGAGAAUCUGAGGGAGAUGAACAAGAAGCUGCAGCACAUGUUGGAGGAGCAGCUCACCAAGAACAUGCACCUGCAGAAGGACCUGGAGCUGUUGUCCCAGGAAUUAGUUCGUCUCAGUAAAGAGAGCAGUCCCGGUAGCAGUGCAGCUGGGUCAGGAUGAGGCUAUCACCUGGAUUAAUCCAUGUAGUCACUUCCAUCUCACUACCAUUCACCUCAGCUGGAAGGUGUCAGCCAGACUCAAGCUAACACCUGGAACCAAGUUUUCUUCCUUACCCCAUCUCUGCGCUAAGACCUGCUGUAGGCUCUGACUACUGCCUGAAGCUGUUAUGUUUUCACCAUUUCAGCCUGCAUCCUGGGUUGUGACUAAAUGCUGAAAUAAUGUCCAUGUCAUGCUUUUCAGCCUGGAGGAAGCAGUACUUUUUAAAGGCGUAGAAGAAGGCACUGAAUGGAAACACUGAGGAUAUUAAAAGCUGGCCUCAACUCAUGUACGUCUAUGUUGAAUGUACUGUAAUUAGACCGCACUGCUCAGUUUGCUCUGAGUCCUGGCUACGACCUGCAGUGGUCACAUUAUAACAGACUCGUGCUUUCUGUUGUCUGUAAAUCUUUGCUUUCACUGGUUUCUACUUUAUGUCUUAACGCUCUGAUGUCUGUCUGUCAGGGCCUGGCUAUAUCCUGAAGGACGCUUAUCCUAAAUGACUGACAUUGGUUCCUGUAUGCAGUAACUCUGUUGUGAUCUGAUUAUGUCCCGUCUGCUAAAGAAUCGCACAUUACUGAGUAUGUGGGCUAUGUCUAUGCUGUCAGCUGACCUUUUUGAUCUUCUUAGGGAACCAAAUGUAAUAUUUGUAUCAGGUCAUCAUGACACCUGAUUAACGCCCCAACCCAAUUUAAAAGAUGCAGUAUUUGCGUAUUUUAUUCUGAAAGUUCAGUUCACCACUGCCUUGUCUUUCCUGCCUGCAUGGUGGUCAGGUCUCUGUUGUGGUGUCCUCUAUGUCAUUCAAACUCUCGUCCAGAUGUGUUCACUUCUGACUUUUAUGUCAGUGGGUGAUGUCACAGUGGCUACAACCAUCUAACCACCAACAGAUUCCAGAGCAGACCGUAGACUCUGAGGUGAAUGACAUCAAAGACGCCACAGAAACUAAGUAGUACGAGGCUAGCUGUUUAGCAGCAACUGAGCUUUCAAAAUAAAAUACUUACUUUGGACUUUUUAAGCAGUUUCAACCAGAGAAUGAGCGAUAGUCCACCAGCUGUUGCAGCUUUAAACACCUUUUCUUUGUUGAAACUCAAGUUUUACAGGUUAUAGUUAAACUGUGAUGACACUAAAAAAAAACAAAAAACACUUCUUAUUAAGUGUUUUUCUAAAAGAACUUCAUUCCAUAGGAAAGCUUGUUUGCUUUAACAGAUUUAACAUAACCACCAGAAAAAAUAAAUGCCUGUACCUUAAAACUACCUACAAAUGUUCACGUUAAACUUCCUGUUAAUCUGUCAGCUGGUGUCACACGUUAACUGAUUGUGUCCUUAGAUUAAUUAAGAGUUGCUUUAUCUGUCUGUGUUGGGCUGUGGCUACGUCCAGGAGUUCAGAGUGUGAAAUGUCUUAGGCGUCACAGGUACUCUGUGCAGCUAUUUUGCAUCCCAGCCUUUAUUCAUUGCUUUUUAUACACUUUGGGAUGCAAAAUGGUCUCCCGUGUGUUUCAGCGCCUGCCACCAGAACAGUCAUUAAAAUCCAUCAGGGAUGGCAAAGGGAUCCAGGCUUAGACUAUUAGCUGGAUUUUCAGACACAGUUUCUUUUGUCGAACCUAGUGCGACCGUGUUUCUGUGUUUCGAUGGCUUUUAUUCAAAAUAACAUCGCAGAGAAAUAAAAACUGAAACGCUAAAAUAUUAAAACACCAGAUUUGGUGAUCAUGUUUCCCUUUGUUUUAGUCAGGUUAUUUUGGAUAAAAUCUGGUUUAAAAACAUUGAUGACAAACAGCAAUCAGUAAUAGCUGGACAAUGAAAAAUCUGCACAGCUUUAAUUAGCGUGACGCAGCCUGGGAUCCACAAUGGUUCAACAAAAGCUAAAUGACUGCCUUGGUGUGGUCUGUGUCUAUAUCCUGGAUGAAAAGAACUCGUAACAUUUCUUGCACUAUUAUCAGUUUGUGAAUACUUCCCUCUUUACCGGAGUCACCAAAUGGCACACAAGAAAGACCGUUUUCAGGGUUGUUUUUUUUUUUUUUUUGCUUUUCUGCAGGGUGGGUCUAUUUCCUGCUCUAUAAUGUUCACUGACUUUGACUGUAUCGUUGCAUUUAUUUCUGUUUUGUGAAAUCUGGCAGGAAGUGACAGACACUUCCUUUUUGCGUUGCCUUUGUUUCUUCUGGACUCUGGAUCAUGGGCCCUGACUACGCCCUGGAUUAUACUCUGCCCCAGGCUAGCUCCAUCUAACUGGGCUGUGAUUAUAUUCUGGACAUUAUGCUUGUAACAGAUUUUGUGUUUUAUGUUAUAACUGCCUGUAUAUCACUGCUUUUUUGUUUGUUUGUUUGUUUUUUUGUGUACACUGCAACACAUAUCCAGCGCCGUCUGAUGUUAGGAGUUUAAAAUGUCAACAUGUGGGAGGAAAACUCGAGCUGUUUUUGGUGCAGCUUUAAGGAUUUUCAAAUCUUAAGCUCAAGGGUGUUUAAACCAAACAUUAAAAAACUGAAAAUUUCCCCAAAAUGAUCACUUAGCAGUUGAGCUGCACCACAAUCAGAUCUCUUUUUUUCCACUUUUGCUUCAAAGAUGGCACUAACCUGAUCCAGUGGGAUUGGUCUAUGUGCUGGACAGGGACUCGGCUGGAGCUUUUUGUUUUUGUUUGUAAUGUUUAAAUCUGUACAUAAACGCUGCGAUAUGACUUCUAACUGUAUGAAAAAUCAACUGAUCUAUUUAUGAAGCUGAUGAUAAUCAUGACGCUAAUUAUUGUAACUAUGACGAAAUGUGAUUUAAAAAAAAAAUACUGUCUGAACAUGA